CCCGAGUCUGCUGCCAGGGGAGCAGCCAUGCCUUACCUCCUCCGGGCCCCGGGGCCCCAGGAGCACCCCACUCCCAGGGACGCCCGCGGCACCCACUCCUCCGGCCAGAGCUUCGAGCAGCUGCGGCGGGAGUGCCUGCAGAAGGGGGUCCUGUUUGAGGACCCCGACCUCCCCGCCACCGACUCCUCUCUCUUCUACAGUGAGAGGCCCCAGAUCCCCUUCGUGUGGAAGCGGCCAGGGGAGAUAGUGGAGAACCCAGAAUUCAUCCUCGGAGGGGCCACCAGGACGGACAUCUACCAGGGGGAGCUCGGUGAGUGUGAGCGGAGGGAGCAGGGGUGGCAGUUCUGGCAGCACAGCGAGUGGCUGGACGUGGUGGUCGAUGACCGGCUGCCCACCUUCAGGGACCGGCUGAUCUUCCUGCACUCGGCCGACCACAACGAGUUCUGGAGCGCCCUGCUGGAGAAGGCCUACGCCAAGAAUCUGACCUCAGCAGGGGCUGGGAGGUUCUGGCAGCACAGCGAGUGGCUGGACGUGGUGGUCGAUGACCGGCUGCCCACCUUCAGGGACCGGCUGAUCUUCCUGCACUCGGCCGACCACAACGAGUUCUGGAGCGCCCUGCUGGAGAAGGCCUACGCCAAGCUGAACGGGAGCUACGAGGCGCUGAAGGGCGGCAGCGCCAUCGAGGCCAUGGAGGACUUCACGGGGGGCGUGGCCGAGACCUUCUCCACGAAGGAGGCGCCCGAGAACUUCUACGAGAUCCUGGAGAAGGCGCUGCAGCGGGGCUCCCUGGUGGGCUGCUCCAUCGACAUAAAAAAUUCUGCGGAAUCGGAAGCCCGGACGCCCUUUGGCCUUAUUAAGGGUCACGCCUACACCGUGACAGGAAUUGACCAGGUGGGUGACAUGAUGCCGGUCCCUGGUGCUAACUUAGUGCCUCACAGAGGGGUCCCGGGUUCGAUUCCCAUCAAGGGCACAUGCCCGGCCGUGUUUGCUCCUAGCUCCCCCGAGUGGCGUGCUGUGGGCCCCGCCGAGCAGCAGCGCCUGAGCCACGCGGCCCUGGAUGACGGAGAGUUCUGGAUGGCCUUUAGCGACUUUAAGGCCCACUUCGACAAGGUCGAGAUCUGCAACCUCACGCCGGACGCCCUGGAGGAGGACGCGCCCCACAAGUGGGAGGUGACGGUGCACCAGGGCAGCUGGGUGCGGGGCUCCACGGCCGGCGGCUGCCGCAACUUCCUGGACACCUUCUGGACCAACCCGCAGAUCAGACUGUCCCUGACCGAGAAGGACGACGGGCAGGAGGCGUGCACGCUGCUGGUGGCCCUGAUGCAGAAGGAUCGCAGGAAACUCAAGCGGUUCGGCGCCAACGUGCUGACCAUCGGCUACGCCAUCUACCAGUGCCCCGGGAAGGAGGACCAUCUGGACAAGGACUUCUUCCGGUACCACGCCUCCCAGGCCAGGAGCAAGAGCUUCAUCAACCUGCGGGAAGUCUCCGACCGGUUCAAGCUGCCCCCCGGGGACUACAUCCUCAUCCCCAGCACCUUCGAGCCGCACCAGGAGGCCGAUUUCUGCCUGAGGAUCUUUUCAGACAAGAAAACCAUCAGCCGGGACCUGGAUGGACACGUGGACAUCGACCUUCCGGAGCCCCCGAAACCGACGCCGCGGGACCAGGAGACGGAGGAGGAGCAGCAGUUCAGGGCCCUGUUUGAAAGCGUCGCCGGGGAGGACAUGGAGGUGACCGCAGAGGAGCUGGAGUUUGUGUUAAAUGCUGUGCUGAGCAAGAAAAAGGGCAUUCGAUUCGAGAAGCUGAGCCUGAUUUCCUGUAAGAACAUCAUUUCUCUAAUGGACACCAGUGGCAACGGGAAGCUGGAGUUCGAUGAGUUCAAAGUGUUCUGGGAGAAACUGAAGACGUGGACGGUAUGUACCCUGGGGCGUGUGUGGCCUCCAGGGCCCCUGCAAGCCCAUAGCAGAGGGGGCUCUAUAUUUUUAAGCUUCCAGCUGAGCCGCCACCUCCUGCAGCUGGUGGUGCUCCGCUACGCGGACCAGGACCUGCAGCUGGGCUUCGACGACUUCCUCAACUGCCUGGUGCGGCUGGAGAACGCCAGCCGCGUGUUCCAGGCUCUCAGCACGAAGAACAAGGAGUUCAUCCAUCUCAACAUAAACGAGUUCAUCAACUUGACAAUGAACAUCUGAGGCUUCCCCGAGGUGGCGCAGCCGGUCCAUUUGGGAUCGGACUCGCUCCCCACCCGCUGUCGCUGUCGCACCCUCUCCGCCCCCACGGAACCCACGCCGCCUGGUCUGGGAAGACUGAAGUGGCCUCGCUGUGCUGUCCGAUUCUAUGCUGCUUCUCUGUGACACCGCUUCCCUGGGAUGGCGGUGCCACCACCAGUGCCUGACGCCCGGGUCUCCGCCCAUCCCUUCCUCUCCUUCCCCCACCUCCCCCUGUGAUGAAUUUCUCAGGGCCCAGUGUGCAGAACGCUGGCUUUAGUGUAGCUUCAAUCACGGUGUUCAGAUAUCCCGUAGAGCCCGGCCGGCGUGGCUCAGUGGUUGAGCGUUGACCUAGGAACCAGGAGGUCA